GGAGCGCUGAGGAGCCGCUGCAGGGAUUCAUUUCCCCUGCUGACUGACUGGACUGGACGAGCGCACUACAGGUGUCAGCAUGUCAUCAAAUGUCAGCGCCGAGGAGAUGGAGGAGAUCAGGGAGGGCUUCCAGAAAGUGGAUGUGGAUGGUAAUGGUUACAUCUGCGCCUCGGAACUCGCUGAACUCUUCCACAAGGUGGGCUGUUCCAUGCCCGGGUACCAGAUCAGAGAACUCCUCCAGAAGUUGGACAGAGACAACGACAGCCGCAUCAACCUUGAAGAGUUCACGUCUAUUUUCAAGGAAAUGAAGGAGGACCGCAUGUCCCAGAGUUUCAGGAAAGCUCUGAACAAGAAAGAAGGCAUCCUAGCGCUCGGGGGAACCAGCACCAUCUCUAGUGAAGGAACUCAGCAUUCCAUCUCUGAGCAGGAGCGCUUUGCCUUUGCCAACUACAUCAACUCUUCUCUGGAGAAGGAUCCAGACUGCAAACACGUCCUGCCCAUCAACCCCGAAACUGAAGCUCUGUUCAAAGCAGUGGCAGACGGCAUCAUACUUUGUAAACUCAUUAACCUUUCUGUCGCUGACACUAUUGAUGAGAGAACCAUCAAUAAAAAGAAACUCACAGCUUUCACCACUCAGGAGAAUCUGAACUUGGCUCUGAAUUCCGCCUCGGCCAUCGGCUGUCAAGUCGUCAACAUCGGCGCUCUAGAUCUGAAGGAGGGGAAACCUCACCUGGUGCUCGGACUCCUCUGGCAGAUCAUCAAGAUUGGACUGUUCGCCAACAUAGAGCUGAGCCGUAAUGAAGCUAUAGCAGCACUGCUGGAGGAAGGGGAGAGUCUGGAGGAGCUGAUGAAGCUCAGUCCUGAUGAGCUGCUGCUGCGCUGGGCCAAUUUCCACUUGAAGAAAGUUGGCAUGUCCAUAUCGAACUUUUCUGGAGACAUUAAGGACUCCAAGGCGUACUUCCACCUGCUAGAGCAGAUCGCUCCAGACGGCAGCAAAGAAGACGUCCCAAGGAUCGAGGUGGACAUGACUGGUCUUUAUGAGAAGGAUCUCACAAAGAGAGCAGAGUGUAUGCUAAAACAGGCCGACCGCCUCGGCUGCCGACAGUUUGUUACCGCCACCGAUGUCGUGUGUGGAAACGCCAAGCUCAACAUGGCCUUCGUGGCCACGCUCUUCAACAAACACCCGGCGCUCACCAAACCGGAGAACCAAGACUGGAUUCUGGAGAGCGAGACCAGAGAGGAGAGGACGUUCAGGAACUGGAUGAACUCUCUGGGAGUCAAUCCGCAUGUUCACCAUAUCUACGGUGAUCUGCAGAGCGCCAUGGUAAUUCUCCAGCUCUAUGAAAGGAUCAAGGUACCAGUGGACUGGGACAGCAGAGUCAACCACCCUCCAUUCAAGGGAGUAGGAGGAGGACAUUUAAAAAAGAUGGAAAACUGUACCUACGCUGUGGAGCUGGGAAAGACAAAAGCUGGUUUCUCCCUGGUGGGAAUCGGCGGACAGGACCUCUACGAUGGCAAUCAGACACUAACUCUGGCACUGGUGUGGCAGCUGAUGAGGAGGUACACGUUAAAUGUUCUUGAAGACCUUGGACAUGGAGAAGUGGCAGGAGACGAUUUAAUAGUUUCAUGGGUCAACAAGACUUUGGCUGGGGCCGGCAAGAGUUCCUCUAUCAAAAGCUUUAAGGACAAGGCAAUCGGUACCAGUAUACCAGUUCUGGACCUGAUCGAUGCCAUUCAGCCCCAGAGUGUGAACUUUGAGCUGGUUCAGCAAGGAAGUCUGUCAGACGAAGACAAACUGAACAAUGCCAAAUAUGCCGUUUCCAUGGCGAGAAAGAUUGGGGCCAAAGUCUACGCGCUGCCUGAGGACCUGGUGGAGAUCAACCCCAAAAUGGUGAUGACCAUCUUCGCCUGCCUGAUGGGGAGAGGCAUGAAUAGGGCGUAA